CGCGCAGCUUGGCCCGCUCGGGCGGUCACCGGCGGGCCAUGGCCGGCUCCGGGCGGUGGCUGUGGCUGCUGCUGGCGGCUGCAUUCGCUGGCCAGGCGGCGGCCCUGUGGCCUUGGCCGCAGUACAUCCAGACCUCCAGCCGACACUACACCCUGUACCCGAACAGCUUCCAGUUCAGCUACCAUGCGAGCUCGGCCGUGCAGCCGGGCUGCUCCGUCCUGGACCAGGCUUUCCAGCGCUACCGGGAACUGCUCUUCGGGGCCGGGUCCUGGCCGCAUCCCAACCUCUCUGGCUGGCCACAGCGAGCUUCCCCUGUCCUUGCAGAAGAAUGGCUCGUGUCCGAGAAGAACGUCUUGAUUGUCUCUGUGGUCAACCCAGGAUGCGAGCAGUUUCCUACCUUGGAGUCGGUGGAGAACUACACCCUGACGAUCAACGACGACCAGUGUUUACUCAUCUCCGAGAGCAUCUGGGGAGCUCUCCGAGGCCUGGAGACCUUCAGCCAGCUUGUUUGGAGAUCUGCUGAGGGCACAUUCUACAUCAACAAGACGGAGAUUGACGACUUCCCCCGCUUCCCACACCGGGGCUUGCUGUUGGACACAUCUCGCCACUACCUGCCUCUCUCUAGCAUCCUGGACACUCUGGAUGUCAUGGCGUACAACAAAUUCAACGUCUUCCACUGGCACUUGGUCGAUGACUCUUCCUUCCCGUACGAGAGCGCCACCUUCCCCGAACUCACAAGAAAGGGGUCCUACAACCCUGUCACUCACAUCUACACAGCACAGGACGUGAAGGAGGUCAUCGAGUACGCACGUCUCCGGGGUAUCCGUGUGUUGGCAGAGUUUGACACUCCUGGCCACACUCAGUCCUGGGGACCAGGUAUCCCUGGAUUGCUGACUCCCUGCUACUCGGGCUCCCAGCCCUCAGGCACCUUCGGGCCGGUGAAUCCCAUCCUCAACAAUACAUAUGAGUUCAUGAGCAUGUUCUUCCUGGAGGUCAGCUCUGUCUUCCCAGAUUUCUAUCUGCACCUUGGCGGAGAUGAAGUUGACUUCACCUGCUGGAAGUCCAACCCGGAUAUCCAGGACUUCAUGCAGAAGAGGGGCUUCGGCAGUGACUUCAAACAGCUUGAGUCCUUCUACAUCCAGACCCUUCUGGACAUCAUCUCUGAUUACGGCAGAGGCUACGUGGUGUGGCAGGAAGUGUUUGACAACAAAGUGAAGAUUCGGCCAGACACCAUCGUCCAGGUAUGGCGGGAAGAGAACCCUGUGGGCUACUUGAAAGAGCUAGAGUUGAUUACUAAGGCUGGCUUCCGGGCCCUCCUCUCCGCCCCCUGGUAUCUGAACCGCAUUGCGUACGGCCCCGACUGGAAGAACUUCUACACGGUGGAGCCCCUGGCCUUUGCAGGUACGCCCGAGCAGAAGGCCCUGGUGAUCGGUGGAGAGGCCUGUAUGUGGGGAGAGUACGUGGACAGCACAAACCUUGUCCCCAGGCUCUGGCCCAGAGCCGGGGCUGUUGCCGAGAGGCUGUGGAGCAACGAGUUGACGACAGACACAGAAUUUGCCUUUAACCGGUUGUCACACUUCCGCUGUGAGCUGCUGAGGCGAGGAGUCCAGGCCCAGCCACUCAACGUAGGCUACUGUGAGCAAGAAUUUGAGCUGACCUGAGCCAGCAGCACCGGCACCAAGGAGGGUGCUGGCCUUAGGAGCUUCCACUGCGCCCCGGCCGGGCAUGGAGCCCCCUGCCCACGAGUCCCAGUGCCUGGAAAGAAGGGGGCCAGUCUUUGUGCUGGCAUUUAAUAAAGAGGGUCAUGGCAUUUUUCUGUCAUGCACCUGUAUCACCUG